ACAGAAACGCCGACCAACGCGUUUUCCGUGUUUAUGAUAUCCCCCAAAACCAAUCCUCAAAACGCGCACAGUACGUAAUACUCCGUAAUAUGGUAAAGAAAAGGACCAAUUACAGGAAGUAAAUAUGGCUUAUUUGCAUUUAACUAAACUACACCCCCUAUGAAAGAAUGCCUCUGGACCUGGUCUCACCUUUGCUAUGCUCGAUUCAUCAUCAACAAGUAUUCAAAGUUUUUGCUUCUCGUGUUCUAGUAGCCACUUGGGAUUGGGAGCGCGUUGACCCUCCACCUGGAACUGAAGCAUGGAAAUCUGCUGAAUAAAGAUUUCAAAGCUCAAGUCUUUGUGUAUAUGACUCUGCAGAGGUUGUCAUUUCUCUCUGCUCUGCACUUGACAGAUUCAUCUUAGUUUUUCCUGGUGUUGUUACAUAUCUUGGUUAUUUUCACUUGGCGUUCUUGUUUUGAUGGUUUAGACAGUAUAAAUUUACUUAGCUGUUAACUCCGAUUGUAUAAGAUACUCUUUUGGUUCUUGGGGGUUGAUCAUUCUCGGAAACUAUAAAGUUAUGCUUCAGAAAGCCUGAAUUGUAAUUCUGUAAAUUGGCUUUUUGGGUAAAAUUUAGUAAUUGUAAUUCCUUUUUAAGGGUUUGGAAGUGUUUGGGAUUUGUAGGAGUGAGUGUUUGAGUAGAUGGGUAAUACUUGUGUGGGGCCAAAAAUUUCCAGAAAUGGAUUCUUUCAAUCGGUUUCAGCUGCUAUGUGGCCAUCCCGAUCCGCGGAUAACCUUUCUCCCACUGGUAAUGAAGACAGUUUCCUAACUGAAACUCGAGGUUCCCAUAGAGAACCCGAGUCACCUAUGAUGGUUCAAAGUAAGCCGCCAGAACAUCUGAUAAUGCCCAAACCUGACCCGGCGGCCCCUCCCACCAGUAACAAGGGCAGUUCCGGAACCGCAACAAAACGUUCUGGUCAAGAACCCGAGCCAACGCAAAGUAAACCGGCAGAACAUACGAUAAAUCCCAGCCCUGAUGUGGAGGAGAAACAGCAUGCUAAUGCCAAGAAGCCGGCCCACAUAAAGAGGAUACCCAGUGCAGGGCUAAGAACUGACGUCUUAAACAAUAAAACUGGAAACUUGAAGGAGUUCUUCAGUAUAGGGAAGAAAUUAGGUCAGGGGCAGUUUGGGGUUACAUUUCUUUGCGUGGAAAAAGAAACUGGUAAGCAAUAUGCUUGCAAAUCCAUAGCCAAGAGGAAGCUCUUGACGGACGAUGACGUAGAAGACGUUCGAAGAGAAAUUCAGAUAAUGCACCACUUGGCGGGACACCCGAACGUUAUAUCGAUCAAAGGGGCUUAUGAGGAUGCUAUUGCAGUUCAUGUCGUGAUGGAAUAUUGUGCAGGCGGGGAGCUAUUUGACAGGAUUACACAGCGGGGUCAUUAUACUGAGCGACAGGCAGCCGAGCUGACUAGGACAAUUGUUGGGGUUGUAGAAGCCUGUCAUUCCUUAGGGGUGAUGCACCGUGAUUUGAAACCUGAGAAUUUUCUCUUUGUGGAUAAGCAUGAAGAUUCCCUUCUCAAAACAAUCGACUUUGGGUUGUCUAUAUUCUUCAAACCAGGUGAAAGAGUUAGUGAUGUUGUUGGCAGUCCUUAUUAUGUUGCACCAGAAGUUCUAAGAAAGAGGUAUGGUGCAGAAGCUGAUGUUUGGAGUGCUGGUGUAAUAGUUUACAUUUUACUAAGUGGAGUCCCUCCUUUUUGGGCCGAAACUGAGAAAGAAAUAUUUCAAGAAGUGUUACAUGGUGAACUUGACUUCACAUCUGACCCAUGGCCUAGCAUAUCAGAAGGUGCUAAAGACUUGGUUAGGAAAAUGCUUAUACGAGACCCAAGAAAGCGUUUGACUGCACAUGAAGUUCUAUGCCAUCCUUGGGUUCAAGUUGGUGGUGUUGCUCCCGACAAGCCUUUAGAUUCUGCAGUUUUGAGUCGAAUGAAGCAAUUCUCUGCAAUGAACAAGCUCAAGAAAAUGGCUUUGAGAGUCAUUGCAGAAAGCUUAUCGGAAGAAGAAAUCGCGGGUUUGAAAGAAAUGUUUAAGAUGAUAGAUUCUGACAAUAGCGGGCAAAUUACUUUUGAGGAGCUUAAAGCCGGAUUAAAAAGAGUUGGUGCAAAUCUCAAUGAAUCUGAGAUCUAUGAUCUAAUGCAAGCUGCAGAUGUAGAUAACAGUGGAACAAUUGAUUAUGGCGAGUUUGUUGCAGCAACAUUACAUUUCAACAAAAUCGAGAGAGAGGAUCAUCUGUUUGCUGCUUUCUCUUAUUUUGAUAAGGAUGGAAGUGGCUAUAUCACCGCUGAUGAGCUUCAACAAGCUUGUGAAGAGUUUGGCAUUGAGGAUGCGCGUCUAGAAGAUAUGAUCAGGGAAGCUGACCAAGAUAACGAUGGAUGCAUAGAUUACAACGAAUUCGUCGCCAUGAUGCAAAAAGGAAACCCAGUUAUGGGCACAGGAAGGAGUGGUCCAGAGAAAACUUUCAGCAUCAGAUUUCGAGACGCAAUAAGAGUUUAGAUUUGAAGAGGUUGUGUUCCUCGUUUGGCCUUCUCCAUCCUUGUUGUUCCCCAUAUAUCAACAAUUGUGUUUGUACAUCAGGGUCGCAUUAAGGCAUAGAUAUCUGGCAAACAAUGCCAAGUGUUUUGUCGUAGUUUUCAGUUCCAAUGUUCUAUAUCUUCUCUCAUAUUGCCUAAACUAUCAAUCAAUGGAAAAUUGCCUGGUGUUUAUUGCGGACUUAAAAAGAGUACAUUGAUGUAGUUCAUGGCACACGUAAAAACCAAGGCUCUAUAUGUUGAAGAAAGUUGCUGAAAAGAAGAAUAUUGAUGUGAUCCACUAAAAU